CUGGACCUGGUAAAGACAGGCAGUGGCAGCGUCCCCUACUUUCCCCGUAAGAUCUUCUUGCCUAUUCCCGGCUCCAAGACUGCCAGGUCAGAGACAGCACAACCCAACUCGCGUGUCAACCCUGGCAAUGUGCAAAACCAAGAGGAAUACACCUUGGUCGGUCUUGGUAUCCGCACUGUCUCCUUUUUGUCCAUCGAAGUCUAUGUCAUGGGUCUCUAUGUCCGUACUCAGGAUGUUUCAACUCUGCAAGCUCGCCUCAUCCACCUCAUCAACCCCACCGCUUCUACCCUUGUACCCGGCGAGAAGGAUAGCCUCAAGCAACGCAUGCUCGACCCCGACACCAGUGUCGAGAUCUGGGAGCAGAUGCUGCGUGAAGAAGGCAUCCGUUCUGCCUGGCGCGUCGUCCCCUCCAAGAACACCGACUUUGCUCACCUACGCGAUGGCUGGGUCAACGGAAUCAAGCGCGCUACCACCGAAAUCAACAGAGUCAAGCAACAGAAUCCUGCAAUCGCCACCUCAGACUAUGAGAAUGAGUCUUUCGGCGACGCCAUGCGCGACUUUAAGGGCAUGUUCAGUGGCGGCCGUACACCCAAGGGCUCUGUAGUCCUCAUGUUGAGAGAUGCUCCUGGAUCCAUGGAAGUACUGUUUGAAGAUCCGGCCAAGGGCACUGGCAUCGAGAGAGUAGGCAAGGUUGAGGACCCCAGAAUCAGCAGGCUGAUCUGGAUGGGCUAUCUAGCCGGAAAGAACGUCAGCUCGGAACCGACGAGAAAGGCCGUGGUUGAUGGCUUUGUAGGAUUCGCUGGUCGUCCUGUCGGGUCAGUCGAAACGAUGGUC